AGGAGCAUCUAAACAGCUAACCAUGGCUCAUUUCACAUACAGCAGACUGUCGCAUUUACUGCGAAUAUUUGCUAAUAAACAAUCGAUUUUACGAACGGGGACAGAAAUAAAACCGGGACCUGCCUGUUGUGUCCAGUUAACACGCUGCCACAGGUCAGUGGACAGUAAGGCGCUUCAGGAGCGGCAGAAGCAGCAGAUGGCGAAAGGUCUUCCCAAACAGAAGCCCAUCACGGGGGUCAAACAGGUCAUCGUCGUGGCUUCAGGGAAAGGUGGCGUGGGCAAGUCCACCACUGCGGUGAAUUUGGCUCUUGGAUUAAUGGCCAAUGAUCCG